AGUUCCCAAAUAAUUUUUCACAGAAAAAAAAAUUAUGUGUAAUAUCAAAAGAGAUGAGUUAUUUUGAAGUGUAAUUUGAUUUCAACUAACUUUGCAUAAAUAUACUUCAACCAUGGCUAAAAGAGGAGGUAGAAGAAAGGCUGAACAAGAGGUUGAAUUGAAUGAAGUCGACUCUUUUCAUGCUAACCAAGAAAAGGUGCUUUUAGAUCAAGCAGGAGAGUAUGUUAGAGAUGAGGAAGAUAGUGAUGUCUUCUCUGAUGAAGAAGUGAUGGGAAUAGAUGAAGAAGUCAGUGGAAGUGACGAAGAUGAAGACGAAGAAGAAGAAAAUGAUGAAGACGAUGAUGGAUUAGACAUCGAUGAUGAAGAACAAGAAGGGGAAGAAGAAGAUGAAGAAAAAGGAUGGGGUGGAAGAAAGAAUUAUUAUGGUGGGGAUGAAGUUAGUGAUGAAGAAGAUGUUAGACAAAUGACUGAAGAAGCCUUAAAACAACAAAAGAGACACUUACAAGAAUUAGAACUCGAUGAUUAUAUUGAUGAAGAUAUGAUGGAAGAUUGGAAGAAAACCACUGAAGAAUUAGAUGAACAAUCUCAAGUAAAGACUCAAGUAAUAAUCAAUGAACAAAGUAAUUUGGAAUCUCUUGGUGAUGAAGAAAAGUUGAGUUUAUUAAAUCAAUCGUUCCCAGAAUUCAUACCGUUAAUCAAAGAAUUACAUCAACUUAAACCUAAAUUAAUAGACAUUCAAACCAAAAAAUCAAACAGUUUAUUACAAGUCAAAUCAGUAGCAUUAUCAGCAUAUUUAGCUGCCAUCACUUCAUACUUUGGAAUAUUUAUAGAGAAUUUAAAGAGUGGAGAAUCAUUCACAACCAUGAAAGACAGUCCAGUCAUGGAAACCAUAUUAAGUUCAAGAGAAAUUUGGAGACAAGCUAAUGAACUUCCAGAACAAGAAAUCGAUAUAAAUAUUGAUGAAGAUGGUGAUCUUUCAGCAGAUGACUACGCACAAGAACAAUAUGGUAUAGAAGAAGACGAUGAAGAAGAAGAAGAUUCGGAUGAUGAUGACGAAGAUGAAUUCGUUGAUGCACAAGAAACACAACAUGAAGAGUUCGAUAUAGAUAUAAAUCAAAAGAGAGAAAUUAAACGUUCUAGCAAGGGUAAAACUAGUGAUUUCUCUGAAGUUGCUCAACCUGAUGAUGUUGACUUGGAAGAAAAACAACGUCGUAAGAAGACCUUACGUUUCUAUACUUCUAAGAUUGAUCAAGCUUCAGCUAAGAACAAUGAAAGAUAUUCAGGUGAUUUAGAUUUACCAUAUAAAGAAAGAUUAUUCGAAAGACAACAAAGAUUAGUUGAAGAAGCAAGAAAGAGAGGUUUAGGGCAAGAUAAAGCUCAAUUAGGUGCUGAUUUAGAUGAUGCUGAUUUUGGAUCUGAUGAUGAAAGAUUAGCUACUUCGAUUAACACUGGUACUGAUGAUGCCUAUUAUCAAUCACUUAAAGAAUCAAAAUCUGCUAAGAAAGAUUCUCGUCGUAAAGCUCAUGAUGAAGCUGUCAAGGCUGCCAAAGAAGGUAAAUUGGCUGAAUUACAAGAAUCAUUGGGUGAAAAUGGUAAGAGAGCCAUUAAUUAUCAAAUUCUUAAGAAUAAAGGUCUUACACCUCAUAGAAAGAAGGAAUUCAGAAACUCAAGAGUUAAAAAGAGAAUGCAAUAUGAGAAAGCUCAAAAGAAACUUAAAUCUGUUAGACAAGUUUAUGACGCAAGUAAGAAAGGACCAUAUCAAGGUGAAACUACAGGUAUUAAGAAAGGUUUAUCAAGAUCUGUUAAAUUCAGUUAGACUAAUUGUAAAUAAUUUUUUAAAGGUAUGAUUAUCUUUUAUUUUGUAA